GGGAUGCCCCGAGCGGGCGUAUUUUGGAAACAAUACCGCGCGGUGCAGAGUGGCCUCCACCCGAGCCUGCCCGCCUCCUGCCUCCUGCCGCCGCCGCCCCUGCCCGCGCCUCCCGCCGCCCGCUGCUGCCGGCUGGGCUUUCCCCCCUCCUUCCCAAUUGAGUUUGGGCGCCAAGCCCCCGAGUGCUCGUCACGCUGGACCCUGGCACGGAACCCUGGCAUCACGACUCGGAGGCCGAGAUUCUCCCCUGGAGCCACCCAGGGCAAGAGAGUGGAAGACAGAAUUCCCAGGGGACCUCUAAUUGACUCUGGCAGUGACAAACACCAUCUCUCCGUAUCCUUAACCACUCAGGUGGUUGCUUUUCUGACUGCCCCAGGGACCCUGAGGGGUUCCUGGUGUGUGUAUAGGGGACUGACUUUGAGCACAAGAAGCUGGGUGACUGCAAGCUCAUACUUCCAAGAGCCGUCAAGUGGAGCAAGUGGAACUUCUUUAUCACCAAGAAACUCAUAUCAACAACCUGAGUUCAGGCAGCAAGUGAGGUCACAGAGAGAGGGCUGAAUUUCACUUCCUUCUAUGAGGCAGGUUGUACCCAUCUCAGGUUCGGUGCUGGCAGGAAUGGUAGGCUGUGGGGAAGGAUUUGAAGUUGUGGAGAUUAGUGACUCCACACUGAGCUGGGGAACUCUGGGCACUUUGCUGCAUGCCGUACCUCUCCUCUCGGCUAAGCUGUGGUAGACAGAUAGCUCCAGUCUGCUGAGAGGGCAGCUGCAAUGACUAACUUGGGUUUUUCUCCCCCUCUCUCUCCCAGGACACACUCUUACCACAUCGUUGAGCCUGUUUGUUGUGUUGAGCAAGCAGCGGGUGGAGACUAGAGUCUUGGGCGGGGCUUAGCAGGUUUGGAGGGAACCUGGCCGGGCUAGGAUCGCUGGCUUUUGUUUUUGCUGCCCAGCCUGGAGCUCUGCUCAGACUGAGAUGAGAACUUGAUGGUUACUCCUCAGGCCAGCAAGGGGGUCUGUGUGUGGUGAGCACUGUGGGUACAGCCAGUCACAGCACCCUCUGCCCUCCCACAGCCACUCACAGAGGCUAGUCUUGUUGACAUUUCUCCAGGUACCCUCCGUACUUGUAGCAGCUGACCAUACCCCUGCUAUGGCUAUGAGUCAGUAGCAGUCCAGCUGUGUGACUGUGACCAGCCUGGGUCAGAAGAGGAUGCUGAGGGGAAGGUGGCUCCAAGUGGGCGCAGGGAAGAAACAUGGAGAAUCCUGGAACUGCAAGGCAGCCCACAUUUGGGGGGGAGAUGGAGCCACCCCAGUGUGUGGAGGAGCUGGAGGAUGACGUAUUCCAGCCAGAGGAUGGGGAGCCAGGGGCCCAGCCCAGGAGGUUGCUCUCUGCUGACCUGUUUGCCCAGAGCCAGCUGGACUGCCCCCUCAGCCGUCUGCAGCUCUUCCCUCUCACGCACUGCUGUGGCCCAGGGCUUCGACCCACCAGCCAGGAAGACAAGGCUACCCAGACUCUCAGCCCAGCUUCCCCGAGCCAGGGUGUCAUGCUGCCUUGUGGGGUGACUGAGGAGCCCCAGCGACUCUUUUAUGGCAAUGCUGGCUACCGGCUCCCCCUUCCUGCCAGUUUCCCUGCAGGCUUGCCCCUUGGUGAGCAACCCCCUGAAGGGCAGUGGCAACAUCGAGCAGAGAUACAGAUUGCCCGAAAACUCCAGUGCAUUGCAGACCAGUUCCAUCGGCUUCAUAUGCAGCAACUUCUUCAGGGAACAUGGCAGUACAGGAUUGUUUCCUCCCUGCGCUCAGGGGCUGCUCUGGCCCACAAGCACCAGCAGAACCGAAAUCGCAUGUGGUGGCAGAUCCUCCUCUUCCUACACAACGUGGCUUUGAAUGGAGAUGAGAACAGGAAUGGGGCAGGCCCCAGGUGAGGCUGGGCUGCCCCCUUUGCACGGGCACCAUGGAACGACAUCGAUGAGGACUGACACUGCAUCUUGUGAAGUUUUGUUUUGUGUUUUUAUUUUAAAAAUUUCUCUGUGUACAUAAGACAUACCCAAGCAGGACCUCUUUCCCCGUUCAGGGCCUCGACCAGGAGUGGGGGCCUUUGUCAAACACUGUUGAAGUAGAGGCUGGUGUGUCUCCCUGGAACCUCCUAAGGGCUCGGACGAGUAGAUCCUUCUGUCAUCAGUUG